AUGGCCAGUGCACCGACGACACAAGCUCUGCCUCCACGGGUGCAGCACCGCGUGUUUGAGCACGUUCGGAAUGGCAAUGUAGAGUCGCGCUGCGCGGACGAGGAGCUGCCGAUUGGCUCACAAGUAGACACGAUCACCGAGCGGGGGAUUCAUGUUGGGCCGUGGACCAUCACGGUUGCGCACGGCAGUAUCGCGAAUGCAAGCGACAACGAUGCGCUCUCAAGGCUGCUUGAUAUCCCCAUGCCGGAGAUGCCGUUUCCACAUAAUGUGCUUGUUCUGCAUCAUCACCCCAGCGGGUUUGAGUAUAAUUUCGAUGCGACGCGCGCAUUGCAGUGCGUCGAUGGCGUUCCUGCGGCGCACCGCCUGGACCCGAUUGACUGUGCUUUUGAGCUCGCACGCGCACAAGGAAUUGACAAUGGCGUGGCGCGGCGGAAACGCGCGCUUUCUGGGAGUGGGAUCAAGGUAUCCUACGCAAAUGAGUGGGGCAAGUCGAGGUGCUUGGAGCAGCUGCUGGAUCCCUCGCAAGAUACCCGAUCGCAAGCGCCGGGGUUUGAUGGGCCGCACUCUGGCUCGAUCUCGUCUGCAAAGCAAUUUGACUGGACAUACUCGACUACAUGGCCCGGCGCGCCGGGCUGCAAUGCCCCCCCUUCGCUGGACCGUGGCGGCGAGCGAAUCGUUCACGAUCCUUUUCAGCUGGGCCUGGAUCCCGCGCGCGAUCGAAUCCCAGUAGAGCGUCUUGGUGCGAACAGUGGGCAGCCAAUUUUGUUUUACGACGAUAUCAUGCUGUUUGAGGACGAAUUAGGAGACAAUGGAUCGAGUAUGCUCAACGUCAAGGUGCGCGUCAUGCCGAAUGCAUUCCUUGUCCUGCAGCGGUUCUUUUUGCGUGUGGAUAAUGUAGUUUUUCGCGUGUUUGAUACGCGGAUUUACUGCUCGUUUGUGCCGACUGACGGGGAGCCGGUUCCUGCGGCGGAGCGCGCCGAGGCUGGGCCGUCACAUUGGCCGCGCGUUAUUCGCGAAUGCCGCGGCUCGGAAGCAUCGUACGAGGAUGUGAAGCGGUACCUUGUGCCGCACCGCCCGGACGAUUUGUCGCAGCUGACAAAUGUGAGUUGGGUCGCAGAGACGAUGGACAAAAUCCAAGCGCAGCGGUUCCGAAACGAGGCGGCAAAGGCGGCGUCUGGCACCGGUUUUGCACCGAGCCUUGCGCCUGCACAGGCGCCGAGCUCAGCACUUGGAAAUGCGCCCCAGAAUGCGAUCCUUGGCGAGAUAGAGGACUCUGUGCCCGGCUGGGAAGGCGAUGGUGCUUGCGUACAUGUAGCUGUGCUACGGCAUUAG